AUGGCGCCAACUCGCCCCAAUAAAAAAUCAAAAAAGAGAACCGAAAAGAAGGCCGCCAACCCGGCCCUCCACCUCGCGGAGGCUGUCACCAAGCUGCAAGAGGGCGAACUGGAAAAAGCGGUCUCAGCAGCAAAGAAGGCGCUCGAUGGUACCGGUUCCGGAGGAGAUUAUGAGUUGGCAGCUAUCAACCUCCUAGGCCAGAUCAGCAUCGAGAUGGGCGAGAUUGACGAUGCAAGAGCCCACUUCCUGAAGGCCGUCGAGCUCGAUCAGGAUGGCUCCCUCGAUGAACGCAUAGGCGGCGGGCCAGAAAAGUUCCUGUGGCUUGCGCAGUUGAGUGAAGAGGGCGGUCAGGACAGUGUGAACUGGUUCGAACGCGGAGCGUCCUCUCUCAGGGGCCAGAUCCAGGCACUGGUGGACUUGCCGAAGCGCAAUGCUGAGCAAGAGGCGCAGCUCGAGGAGAAGAAGAGGAAACUAGGAGGUACCCUGUGUGCCGUCGCUGAAGUGUACAUGACGGACCUGUCAUGGGAGGCUGAUGCGGAGCAGAGGUGCGAAGCGCUCAUCACAGAGGCAGGCCUUGUUGCGCCCGAUCUGGCUGAGACAUGGCAGACUAUCGCCAACGUGCGUAUAUCGCAGGAGAAGACGGACGAGGCGAAGGCAGCGUUGACGAGGAGCUUGGAGUUGUGGAUUAACUUGCCGCCGCUUGACCCUCAUGUGCCCGACUUCGCUACACGCAUCAGCUUGGUGCGCUUGCUGCUCGAGGUAGAGAUGGAGCAGGAGGCCAUCGAGGUUCUGGAGAGACUUGUUGGGGACGAUGACCAGAGCGUUGAAGCAUGGUACCUCGGCGGAUGGGCGCUUUUUAUUCUGGGCGAGAAAUUCAAGAACAAGAAGCUGGAGAGUCAGGAUCAGGAUGAGUGGAAGGUGACAUGGAGCACGUCGCGGAGGUGGCUGAUGCGAUGCAUGAAUCUGUACGCAGCUCAGGAGUAUGAGGAUGAACGCCUGGGUGAACACUCCAAGGAGCUGUUCGCGGCCAUCAACAAGGAACUCGGCGACCCUCCGGCGGAUGAGGAGGAUGACGAUGGAUGGGAGGAUGCCGAGAGCGAUGGCGACGAGACCAUGGAAGAAUAA